AGCUGCGCCCCUCAGAGGAAUAAUGAUAUCUAACACUGCUUCCACACCGGCUAGCCUAGUAAGCAUGUGACCACUGCAUGUCAGCUCUUAGUUUCUCUAACUGUAGGGUACUAUCGAGAUUUACGCUACUUGGAAUAAUAACCGGACAGUUGUUUACCACCGUUUUUUUUACACUGGGCUAUACUAUUCAAGUUACGGAAGAUGGAUAUCACUGAUCAAGGUGCUCAGAUGGAGCCUUUGCUGCCAACGGUGACCACACCAUUCUCGUCGGUCGCACGCAAAAGUGUGAGGAAUGAGGAGGAGGCAGUGCUGGACCGAGGAGGCACUCGCUCCAUGCUGAAGGCUAACUUCGAGCAGGAGGAACUGGAAGACCACAGGACGCUCUACAUCGGGGUGCACGUGCCCACAGGCCGACGGAGCCAUCGCAGGCAUGGCCACGGACACCACGGCCACCGACACAGGAAGAGAAGCAAGGAGAGGGACCCCAUCCUGGCAGAGGGGAGGGAGUCCCCGUCCAAUGACACGCCGUCCCAGCGGGUGCAGUUCCUCCUGGGAACGGAGGAUGAUGACGAGGAGCACCUCCCCCACGACCUGUUCACCGAGCUGGAUGAGAUCUGCCUGCGGCAGGGAGAGGAGGCGGAGUGGAGGGAAACCGCCAGGUGGCUGAAGUUUGAGGAGGACGUGGAGGACGGGGGCGAGAGGUGGAGCAAGCCGUACGUGGCCACGCUGUCCCUCCACAGCCUGUUCGAGCUGCGCAGCUGCAUCCUGAAUGGCACCGUGCUGCUGGACAUGAGGGCCGGAUCCCUGGAGGAGGUCAUAGACAUGGUGCUGGACCAGCAGGAGACGGUGAGUCCCCUGGGGGAGAGGAGGAGGGUGAGGGAGGCUCUGCUCCUGCAGCACCACCACCAGAACCAGAAGAAGCUGGCUAACCGCAUCCCCAUCGUGCGAUCCUUCGCUGACAUGGGCCGCAAGCAGCCAGAGGAACCCCACGGCACCGACAAGAACGCAGGCGGUCCAUCUCUCUGUCCUGUAAGGAGCUCAGUGUGGGGCAGGGUCAUGGCUAGUGACAUCCAGGUGGCCUUCUGCUCCCCAUGGAUCUGCUGCCCCCAGCGGACCUCCAUCUCCUCUCCACUCCCACCAUCCUCCACCCACCCCCCUCCCGCCCCUCCGCCCCCCAGAAGUUACUCCAUCACCAGGGAGGGUAACUCCAUCACCAGGGAGGGUUACACCAUCACCAGGGAGGGUUACACCAUCACCAGGGAGGGUUACACCAUUACCAGGGAGGGUAACACCAUUACCAGGGAGGGUAACACCAUCACCAGGGAGGGUAACACCAUCACCAGGGAGGGUUACACCAUCACCAGGGAGGGUUACACCAUCACCACGGAGGGUUAUUCCAUCACCAGGGAGGGUUACACCAUCACCACGGAGGGUUACACCAUCACCAGGGAGGGUAACACCAUCACCAGGGAGGGUUACACCAUCACCAGGGAGGGUAACACCAUCACCAGGGAGGGUUACACCAUUACCAGGGAGGGUUACACCAUCACCAGGGAGGGUUACACCAUUACCAGGGAGGGUUACACCAUCACCAGGGAGGGUAACACCAUCACCAGGGAGGGUAACACCAUCACCAGGGGGGGUUACUCCAUCACCAGGGAGGGUUACUCCAUCACCAGGGAGGGUUACACCAUCACCAGGGAGGGUAACUCCAUCACCAGGGAGGGUUACUCCAUCACCAGGGAGGGUAACUCCAUCACCAGGGAGGGUUACACCAUCACCAGGGAGGGUAACACCAUCACCAGGGGGGGUAACUCCAUCACCAGGGAGGGUUACACCAUCACCAGGGAGGGUAACUCCAUCACCAGGGAGGGUAACACCAUCACCAGGGAGGGUUACUCCAUCACCAGGGAGGGUUACUCCAUCACCAGGGAGGGUUACACCAUCACCAGGGAGGGUUACUCCAUCACCAGGGAGGGUAACUCCAUCACCAGGGAGGGUUACUCCAUCACCAGGGAGGGUAACACCAUCACCAGGGAGGGUUACUCCAUCACCAGGGAGGGUUACACCAUCACCAGGGAGGGUUACUCCAUCACCAGGGAGGGUAACUCCAUCACCAGGGAGGGUAACACCAUCACCAGGGAGGGUUACACCAUCACCAGGGAGGGUUACACCAUCACCAGGGAGGGUCAGCUGGUCUCUCCCCAGUCCCUGCUGCCUGUGCCCACUGAGGGAAAGGGAGACGUCAGCAGGGAGAACAGCGCUGUGGACUUCAGUAAGAUCGACCUCCAUUUCAUGAAGAAGAUUCCCCCCGGUGCGGAGGCGUCCAACGUCCUGGUGGGAGAGCUGGAGUUUCUGGAGAAGCCGGUGGUGGCGUUUGUCCGUCUGUCACCUGCCGUGCUGCUGAACGGCCUGGCGGAGGUCCCCAUCGCCACCAGGUUCCUGUUCAUCCUGCUCGGCCCUCUGGGUAAAGGGCCACAGUAUCACGAGAUUGGCAGAUCCAUCGCAACGCUCAUGACAGACGAGGGUCUUCCUGACUCCUCCCAUCCUUCUGUCUGCAGGGUCUUUGGAGGUCUUCUCAUGGACAUCAAGCGCAAGGCCCCCCACUACCUGUCUGACUACACAGAUGCAGUGAGCCUGCAGUGUCUGGCCUCCUUCCUGUUCCUCUACUGCGCCUGCAUGUCCCCCGUCAUCACCUUCGGGGGGCUCUUGGGGGAGGCCACAGAGGGACGCAUAAGUGCAAUCGAGUCUCUGUUUGGAGCUUCCAUGACAGGCAUGGCCUACUCCCUGUGUGCCGGCCAGCCUCUCACCAUCCUGGGCAGCACAGGACCCGUCCUGGUGUUUGAGAAGAUCCUCUUCAAGUUCUGCAAGGAGAACGGCUUGUCCUACCUGUCCCUGCGUGCCUGCAUCGGCCUGUGGACGGCCUUCCUGUGUCUGCUCCUGGUCGCCACGGACGCCAGCUCGCUGGUGUGCUACAUCACGCGCUUCACGGAGGAGGCCUUCGCCUCGCUCAUCUGCCUCAUCUUCAUCUACGAGGCGCUGGAGAAGCUGAUCCACCUGGGAGAGCACUACCCCAUCAACAUGAACAACAACCUGCAGAAGCUCACCCAGUACUCGUGUUCCUGUAUGGAGCCUCCUGACCCCAGCAACGCCACCCUGCAGUACUGGGACGACAACAACAUCACGGCGUCCGAGAUCUACUGGGAGGCCAUGGAGGUCAAGGACUGCAUAAAGAAUAAAGGGGAGUUUGUGGGCAGCGCCUGUGGCCCCCACGGGCCGUAUGUUCCAGAUGUUUGCUUCUGGUCUGUGGUCCUCUUCUUCUCCACCGUCGCCAUGUCUGCGUUCCUCAAGGACUUCAAGUUCAGCCGCUACUUCCCCACAAAGGUGAGGUCCAUCAUCAGUGACUUCGCUGUCUUCAUCACCAUCCUCACCAUGGUUGUGGGGGACUAUGCCUUAGGGAUACCUUCUCCAAAACUGCAGGUCCCCAGUGUGUUCAAGCCGACCAGAGACGACCGUGGCUGGUUCAUCAGCCCGCUGGGGUCCAACCCCUGGUGGACCGCCAUCGUGACGGUCAUCCCCGCUCUGCUCUGCACCAUCCUCAUCUUCAUGGACCAGCAGAUCACCGCCGUCAUCAUCAACAGGAAGGAGCACAAGCUCAAGAAGGGCUGUGGCUACCACCUGGACCUGUUUGUGGUGGGGGUGAUGCUGGGUGUGUGCUCCCUCAUGGGCCUGCCCUGGUUCGUGGCGGCCACCGUCCUCUCCAUCUCCCACGUCAACAGCCUGAAGCUGGAGUCGGAGUGCUCCGCCCCUGGCGAGCAGCCCCGCUUCCUGGGGAUCCUGGAGCAGCGCUUCACCGGCCUCAUGAUCUUCCUGCUCAUGGGCUGCUCCGUGUUCAUGACCUCCGUGCUCAAGUUCAUUCCCAUGCCGGUGCUGUACGGAGUGUUCCUCUACAUGGGAGCAUCGUCGCUUAAAGGCAUUCAGUUCUUUGACCGUCUGAAGCUGUUCGGCAUGCCGGCCAAACACCAGCCGGACUUCAUCUACCUGCGGCACGUGCCCCUGAGGAAGGUGCACCUGUUCACCAUCAUCCAGCUCACCUGCCUGGCUCUGCUCUGGAUCAUCAAGACCUCCAAGGCUGCAAUCGUCUUCCCCAUGAUGGUGUUGGCGCUGGUGUUCAUCAGAAAGCUGAUGGACCUGUUCUUCACCAAGAGAGAGAUGAGCUGGCUGGAUGACCUCAUGCCUGAGAGCAGGAAGAAGAAACUGGAGGAUGCAGAGGAGGAGGAUGAGGAGCGAAGCAUCCUGGGGGAGCAUGAGGGAGUGGUGCAGAUGCCACUGGAAGACUAUCCUCCCAAGGGGGAGUCGGCUGAAAUCAACCUGACUGAUGAGCUGUCAAAAGCCUCCUUUGGAAACACCUGGAAUGUUACCAACUCCAAAACUGACUGAAAAAAAAGUAUUGAAAAGAUAUGAGUAUUGAAUAUUAUGUUGUAAUUUUUAUGUACUUAAAGGAAGUUCUCUUUUGACCAAAUUAUAUAGGUGUGUCAUUGUUUGGUAGAGUGGUUUCUGUCCAGGACACAUUCUAUUUUUAGCCUUGGGCCUUUUUUGGAGAGAUAAAAUGUUGCCCCAUAUCUUACCAAUGUUUCUCUGUUCCAUCUGUCAUAAGCUUCCUUUCCUCAUCUCUCUGAUGCUGAUCCCUUCAAGGUAACACUUGUAUCUAUGUGCCCUUGCUUGAUCAUCCUUUGGUCGGUGAACAUUAUUUUGAAAUAUAAUUUAAAUAUUUGUGUUCCUUUUUGCAUACUAUGUGGCAGGAUUGAAAAGCUUUUAAUUCCUGUUUCCUAAUGGGUAGAGACCACAGUUAAACAUCACAGCUUAUUUCGCCUCCAAACAGCCGACCCAUGUGUCUCACACGUUAUCAUGUUCCUCUAAACAUAGUUUAUAUCACAAAGAGACCACUGCUUUCCGGAACUGUCUAAGAACUGCCAAGGAUUUUAGAUGAAUAUAAACAUUUACAUUUUAUUCAUUUAGCAGCAGCUUGCAUCCAAAGACACCAACAAAAAGGGUGUGAUGAAAGUCCAGCACAAGUGCAUUGUUUUUGCACAGUAUUUCUGUGGUCAAAGCAUGGUCUGCAUUUACUAAGUCUGUAUUUGCUAAACACAGGCAUUUUACUGUCAGUGUAGUUACAUUUAUAAGCAAUACAUGCAGUAGUGAAGAAUUAGAACGGAUAGACUAGAACUCUGAAUUAGAAAAUGUCCCUGCAUGUCAUGGCUGCUAUCAUGUAUGCAGCACAUAGCCUGCAGUGAGUCCAUGUGUGUAACCUGCAGUGAGUCCAUGUGUGUAACCUGCAGUGAGUCCAUGUGUGUAGCCUGCAGUGAGUCCAUGUGUGUAGCCUGCAGUGAGUCCAUGUGUGUAACCUGCAGUGAGUCCAUGUGUGUA